AUGGCUUGGCCGUGCAUCAGCCGGGCGUGCUGCAUUGCCCGCUUCUGGAACCAGCUGGACAAAGCCGACAUCGCCGUGCCUUUGGUCUUCACCAAGUACUCCGAAGCCACCGAGCUGCCCGGCACCCAGGUGGUCUUCCAGCAGCAGCAGCAGCAGCAGCCGGCCCGCCCGUUGCCCUCGGCCAUCGACACCCAGCCGGCCGCCCUUGGCGGUGACUCGGAUGGCCUCGCCAGGCCUGCCUCGGGGGUGGACCCCGGGCCGGGACCCCCGCCGCCCAAAGCGGGCCAGCCCAAAGAUCCAGGCUCCCAGGACUCGGUGAUGCGGCACGAUUUCAAGGCCUGGAAAGUCCAGCGUCCGGAGCCCAGUUGCAAGCCGAAAAGCGAGUACCACCCGUCGGACCAGCCCUUUGCCAGGCAGAGCCAGUACCAGAAGGACUUCCCUCCUUGGCCCAUCCCCAAGAGAGGAGACCACCCCUGGAUCCCCAAGGAGAUGGCCAUCCCGGCCCUGGUCGAGCUGGACAAAGGGGCCAAGGAACGGUCCAGCAGCGGGGAGAGAAGAAGCCGGUCUCAGAUAGACCACGAUCGGCUGGAGCGAAGGAAAGAGGCGCCGGCGGGGCUGCCCACCUCCGAAGAAAGGUUAACCAAGACCAAAAAGAGGGGCCACCUGUCUGAAGACCAGGCUUGGCCCACCCCCCAGCAGCCGGCACCUUCGGGGAGCCAGGAGACCGGGAAAGGACGAGCGGUGGUGGACGCCCUCAACCGGCAGAUCAAGCAGGAAGUUACGGGCAAGGUGUCCACCUCCUCUUACAGAAAUGAAUUUCGACCGUGGACGGACAUCAAGCCGGUGAGAGCGAUCAAAGCCAAGUCUCAGUACGAGCCCCCAGAUGACAAAAUCACCCACCAGACAAGCUACAGUUCCCAGUUCACUGCCGAGGGAGCAAAGCCUGGCCCGCCAAAUAACAAAUUCCUGGAGCACCGAAGGAUACGCACCCUCUAUAGUGAACCGCAGAAAGAAUCUCCAAAGGUGGAGAAGCCCAGUCCUCAGCCUUCUAAGCCAAAAAAGACGACCCCAAGCCAUAAAUCUCUGAAAAAGCCCAAAGAUAAGCAGAUGGCAACCAGCCGGGCAUCCAAGAAAAAAAGUACGGAAGCAACCAGCAGAACGACAACGGCCGAGGACAAGGAGAAAAGUAAAGAAAUUAACAAUAAGUUGGCCGAAGCUAAAGAGUAA